AACACAUCAAAAUACACCAAAUACCUAGAUAUCCAAAUACCCUAACCAAGAAGACUCCAGUAACCAUAAAACUCAACAAAGGAAGAAAAAUGAGAAAAAAAGGAAGAAAAAUCCACCUACACUAAACAAGCAACAUCGUCAUAACCAUAUCACUUCCUUCUUUCAUCACUUCGUGUUUAAUCUAAGGCUUCAGAUCGAACCAAUUUUUGUUGUACUAUUUAAUAGCGAAAGAUUAUUCCCAUAGAUAGAAGCACUAGCAGCCUCCCUGUGUAACUUGUGCUCUCCUCCCUCCCAGGUUGAAUUUGUUACAGGAUCGAGUUUUCUAAAAUUGAAAAGUGAGUAUCUUUGGCCUAUAAAAACAAGUAAAAGAAGUGAAACAUGGAACCAUCAUUUGAAAAAGCAAUACCAAGGAAGACCAAUCAAGUGAUAGUCAAGAAGCCAAAUGUGGACUGUUUGAGAAUCUUUUCCCAACAAUUAACUAGUGAGCAGCGUCAAGAUUUCAAGAAAAAAUACGGGAAAAUAAUUGAUUUGUUAAAUGUGAAUAUUCAAGUAGAAGGAAUUUCAGCUCUAUCUCAAUUCUAUGACCCACCUUUGAGAUGUUUUACGUUUAAGGAUUUUCAAUUAGUGCCCACUUUAGAAGAGUUUGCAGAAAUUAUGGGAUAUCCUUUGAGUAAAGGGAAACCAUACCAUUUUAUCUAGGGCAUCCUCACUCAUUUGAUACCAUUGCUAGUGUAUUGCAAGUUGAACCAAAUGAUCUUAAAAGUUUAAAGCAAAAUAAGAACACCACUAUUGGUAUCCCUAUAAAGUAUUUAGAAAAUCGGAUGAAAACCCUAGCCGAGAAUAAAGAAUGGGAAUUAUUCAUGGAUGUGUUGGCAUUGAUGAUUUAUGGUGUGGUGCUUUUUCCUAGUGUUGAUGAUAUGGUUAGUUUAGCUGCAAUAGGAGUCUUCAUCAAUUAUAAGUGCGAACGUCAAAACCCAGUGCAUGCAGUGUUGGCGGAUGUGUUUUAUACCUUGAACGUUUGUCGUAAGAAGACGGGUAAGCGAAUGUUAUGUUGUCUGUCUGUUCUCUAUGUCUGGAUGUGUGGUCAUAUUUUUCAAAGAGAAUACAAAUAUAUUGACCCAUUCUAUAUGUGGCUCUUUAAGCCUAGCGAUCUUAAGUAUUGCCCUAUUGUUGACUUAAAGUUGCUAGGCUUAAAGAGCUACAAUGCUAGAGAAUGGGCUAAGAUCUUGGUCGAACUAAAAGAUGGAAAAGUGCGUUGGUACCCAAACUGGGGAGAAGUAGACAAAGUGUUGUAUCGGUGUGGCGAGUUCACUAAUGUACCGCUUGUAGGAACAAGGGGCUGUGUCAACUACAAUCCAUCUUUAGCGUUACGUCAGUUUGCUUAUCCGAUGAUAGGACCACCACCUAAGGAAUCAUAUACUCCUUUCACCGCGGAACCGACAGAUUUUGCAAUGCUAAAGAGAAUCCAUCGAGCAUGGGACGAAGUAGUCUACAUAGGAAAAGAGUUAGGGCCAAGAAGUUGCGGGGAAGGGAGGGGAUAUAAGAAAUGGGUUCAAGAUAGAGUGGCUCUUAUCAAACUUCCAUUUCAAAUGCCAAGCAACCUAGGAGAGGCAGCUUCUAUUGACCCAACGGAAAAUUUAGAAGUCAAAGAAAUUAAGUUGAAGCUAGCAAAGGUUGAAGCAGAAAAAAGUUCACUAGAAGAUGAAUUGAUCGAUGUUCGUUCGGAUUAUAAAGCAUUACAAUUUGAGAAUGGAGAGAUGGCACGUUCAAUGGAGCAAACACAUAAAAGAGGAAGGAUUGAAAACAAAUAUUUGUGUAGGACUAAGGUCUGUUUGAGGGCAGCAAACAAAGAGCUGGGACUUAGAAAUGCAGAGAAAAAUAAAGUUGUUAGAGAGAAUCAACAAUUAAAGGCAGCCCAACUAGAAAUGAAGAAGCAUUUGAAGACUCUUAAGAGACAAUUGAGUGAGCAAUCUGCUAAAUAUGAGGAGAUGAAAAAGAAAAUGAACAAAGGAGAUUGUUGAUUAAGUGAUGUAUUGAAAAUUAUAUUGUUUAAUGUUCAAUGAAAAUCUUAUUUUCCUUGUCUAAA